AUGAAGGUUGAUGUUUCUGGUGUACCAUUUAAUCCAGAAUAGCCUAAUUUAGGUCUGAACAUAAUAAUAUAAAGAUAUUUUACAUUUCCACCUCACAAUUAGCUUUUUAUUGAUUUUACUAUUAUUCUAACUAAUUCUUUUGAUUUAGUUGUGUAGACAGAUAAUAAGAAAUAUUACUAGUUUGCAUAAUUCGGAGCAUUGAAUACCGAGAUAUCUGUUAAGUUUAGCUUUAUUCAUUUGAAUGAUAUGGAUAUCAUAACAAUUCUGGCGGAACAAAAUGCUUCACAGCCAAACUCUUUUGAAUGGGGACUAAAAGAAAUAUAAAUAUAUGUUGAAGAAUGCCCAGCCACUUGUAAAUAUUGUCCAGAUAUUUAUGGAAUCGAUACAUGUGCUCAAAUUUAACCACUUUUUCCGCAUACAGGAACUAAAUUCGAUGAAACUAAUAAUUGGAAAAUCUCAUAAACUUCAUCAGGAAAUAUGUAACUCUAUUUAUCUCAAUGUAUAAAAUUUAUUAUAAUAGAAUAUCCAUUAUAUUACAAAUAUUUUAAUCCUACAACUACAAUAACAUCAUAAAGAACUGUUGACAUCCCAAGUAACACUGGAACAAUUAUAUAAUUCAGAAUUUUCUUCUAUUAAUAUAAGCCUAAUUCUAUUAAGAUAAUUAUAAAUAACUAGUCUUAUUUCUAAAAUAUUAAUUAAGUCAUGAAAUUUCUGAUAGGUUCAUAUAAUAAUCCAACAUAAAAUAUAAAUUUCGAUAAUAAUUAUUAUCAUUAUAUCUAUUACAUAUCAAUAAGUAAUUAUGACUACAAUAUUUAAAUUAAAAAUAUCUAGGUAGAAGUUUAAUUUCCAGGUUCAAAUAAUUUGUAUUUUAGUAUUUAAGGAUUUAAUAUUUAUUAUAAGAAAUUAGAAUCCUAUUGGUUAGAAUAAAUUCAAGGUUGUUUUACAAUGUUAUUUAAUAAAUGUGUAGAAUGUCAAGAAGGUUGGUAUUUUAGAAGUGAUGAAUAAAUAUGUGUACCUAUAUGUGGAGAUAUGAUAAUAUAAGGUUAGGAAGAUUGUGAUGAUGGUAAUGAUGAACCAUCAGAUGGUUGUUUUAAUUGUAAAUUUUAAUGUGCUUCUAAUUGUAAAGUAUGUAUAUUUGGAGAGUGUUUGCAAAAGAAGGAAUUAAAAACAGAAAUAGUUAAUAUUGAGUGGGAUUGUUAAAGAGUGGGUUACAUUUCAAGGAUAGGAUAUUAUUAUGAUAUAUAAUAAGAUGAUUGUUAACCUAUAUGUGGAGAUGGAAUAGUAACAAUGGAUGAGGAUUGUGAUGAUUAAAAUGAUACUCCUUUUGAUGGUUGUUUUAAUUGUCAAUUUUCUUGUCCAACUAAUUGUUUGAUUUGUGAAUAUGGUAAAUGUAUAUAUUGUAGAGUUGGAUAUGAUUUACAAAGAGAUAGAUGUUAAACUAUUUGUGGAGAUUCUUAUAUAUUAGAAUAAGAAACUUGUGAUGAUGGUAAUGAUCUAUAAUUUGAUGGAUGUCAUUACUGUGAGAAUAGUUGUUAAUUAGAAUGUACAAUUUGUUUAAAUGCUUAAUGUUAUUAAUGUAUAGAUGGUUGGACUCUAGAAUAAGGGAGAUGUGAAUAAGUAUGUGGAGAUUUAAAAGUGGCAUUAUUCUCAUAUGAAUAAUGUGAUGAUCCAUUAGAUAUUAAUUGUGUUAAUUGUCUUUAUUAAUGUACAGAAGAUUGUUUCAAAUGUGAUGCUCCUCUUUCAUGUAAUCUUUGUUAGGCCAAUUAUUAAUUAAUAGAUGGAAAAUGCAAAUCAGUCUGUGGGGAUAUGUUAGUUAAUCCUCUUUAUGAGGAAUGUGAUGAUGGUAAUGAUAUUCCAUUUGAUGGUUGUUAAUAUUGUUUAUUAUAAUGUUCAUAUGGUUGUCUCAUAUGUGAAGAGAAUAAUGUUUGUAAAGAAUGUGAUUCAACAAAUUAUUUUUUGAACUCCACUAAUUCCUUAUGUCAAGAGAUUCCCUUAGAAAUUAUUGAACAGGAAGAAGAAGAGGAGGAAGAAGAAAUUAAGAUUGAAGAUGUAUAAUGUAAUGAUAAUUUUAUACUAAUAAAUAAUUAAUGUGAAAGUUUAUGUGGUAAUGGAAUGUUGGCUAGUUUAUAUGAAGAAUGUGAUGAUAAUAAUAAGAAUAGUGGAGAUGGUUGUUCAUCAUAAUGUAAAUUAGAAGAAUCUUUUAUUUGUUUAAAUACAGAAGAUUCAUUUAGUAUAUGUUCAUUCAUUAUCUUACCUGAUUUCAAACUUAAAUCUUUGAGUGAUGUAAAGGAUUAAACACAAAUUAUUGAAUUAUAAUUCACUGAAAAAGUUAAAAUGUUUUAAGAUACUAUUCUUGAAGACAUAUGCAAAUUUACUAUUACACCUUAAACUGAAUAUGAAAUGAAAAUCAUUCCUAUAACUAAUUUAACUACUAUGUUAAGUAAUCCUAAAUAUUAAUUUAAAAUAUUAUUUUUACAACCUGUUUAAAAUCCUAUAUUUUCUAUUAGUAUUGCUAAACAAUAAAUCUUUAAUAUUAAUGAAAUAGAAUUAAAAAUAUUAUAAAAAGAUAUUAGUUUGGGUAGUCCUUUUGUAAUGUCAAAAGAAAGCAAAGAAUUUGUCACUUCUGUUGUAAAAAUGAAUGAUGCAAUGAUGUAUACUACAAUAGCUAUAUCUGGCUUUGCUUUAUUAACAGGAACUCCUGCUAUGUUAUUUAAUCUAAUAGAUUUACUAUAAUAACUUUCAUAUAUUAGAUUUAUGUAAUAUAAAUUUCCAUCUCAUUUACGUUAGUUUCUUGAAAGUUAUACUAAGAUUUCAUUAAAACCUAUAUUUGAUUACUUUUAAUUUGAUUAAUUCUUAGCAAAUCUAAAUGAUGGUUAAUUGCCAUUAUAACCUAGAAAAACAAUAUCUUCAAAUUAAGCAGACCCUUUAAAUUCAUUUUAUAUUAUCAAUGCAAAAAGUUGUUACUUUUCUUUGUUUGCUUCUUUCUUUUCCUAUAUAUUAUGCUUAACAAUUUCAAAAACAAGUGCAAUAAAAUAUUUUAAUAAAAUAAUUAAAAAUAAAGGAAUGAAAUUAAAGAAUUUAACUAAAACCUUUUAAUUAUAUCAUAAUUUAUAAGUUGCAUGUAUUAAAUUUAGAAAUAAAUAUUUUUAUUCUGGAUUAUUUUAAGUCUAUUACACAAUUAUGCAUUAAUUUUUAUUCAGUGCAUUUUUAUAAUUUCCUUAAUAUAAUUUUACAUCAUCUUUAGAGAUAUUUAAUUCAGUAAAUGCAAUAUUAGCGUUGGGUUUCAUAUUAUUUAUUAAAUUUUAAUAAUUUAAAAUUACUACAGGAACAAUUAAGAAUAUAAAUGAUUGGAAUUUCUUUUUUGAUGGAAUAAAUAAGAGAUUUUGGUGUUAAAUAUUCAAACCUAUUUAAAUGUUAAAAAUAACAAGUUAUAUGUUUGCAAUUGUAUUUUUAAUGGAUUAUCCAGAAGCAUAAUCCUUUAUUUUAUCAGCAUAAUCUAGUUUUUAUGUUGUUUAUUUGAUAAUAUUUAAGCCAAUUGAUGUUGGUUUUGAAUAUAUAAAAUUAGUAUCAAGAGAAGUUCUUUUCAUUUCUACAAUUUGUUCAUUUUAUGUAUAUAGUUAUGAAUUAGAUGAUGAUAAAAUGUUUUAAUUAGGUUGGAUGCAUAUUUCACUAUUUACAUCAAUUUUAGGCUCUAAUUUAAUUCUUGAUAUAGGUAAAUAUAUUAAAUUAGCAUAUGAUAAUAUCCAAAUAAAAAAACUAAAGGUUGAGAGACGAUUAAAUUAUUAAUAUUAAAAUAAUUAAUUGCAUUAAUUUAUAAUGGUAGAAUAUGAAUAGCAUCCAAAAAUAAAAAAAUGA